CAACAGAUCAACCCCUAACAAUCAUGACCGGAUACAGCGCCUGAGACAAGAGUUUCAGCAAGCAAAGCAAGAUGAGGACGUGGAAGACAGGAGACGUACUUACAGUUUUGAGCAGCCAUGGCCAAGCACCAAGGCAUACUCGCAGAGUGGCAGACACUCAGUGUCAGUAGAGGUUCAAAUGCAGCGGCAGCGGCAAGAGGAAAGAGAGAGUUUCCAACAAGCUCAACGGCAGUACAGCUCGUUGCCCAGGCAAAGCAGAAAAAAUGCCAGCUCUGUAUCUCAAGACUCCUGGGAGCAGAGCUAUUCCCCUGGAGAAGGGUUCCAGACCGCAAAGGAAAAUCCGAGAUAUUCCAGCUACCAAGGAUCAAGGAAUGGCUAUAUGGGGGGACAUGGCUUCAAUGCCCGGGUCAUGCUAGAAACACAAGAACUGCUCCGUCAAGAGCAGAGGCGGAAAGAACAACAACUGAAAAAAAAAACUUCUUCUGAAGGGCCUAGCAACUAUGACUCGUAUAAGAAAAUUCAGGACCCUAAUUAUACCCCUCCUAAAGGUCCUUUCAGGCAAGAUGUACCACCUUCCCCAUCUCAGGUAGCGAGGCUGAACAGAUUGCAAACACCAGAAAAGGGAAGACCAUUUUAUUCUUGAGGUGAAGAAAAUGAAGAUCAACUUAUCAUGCAAUAAGGAACAUUUUCGUAUAAAGACUUGUAUUUUGAAAACUUUUUAAACUGAUGGUACUAAGGAAUAUAUCCGUUGUCUGUUUCAGUGCCUUUAAAAAUACGGGCAAA